UUUAUCGCGGUGAGUCCUCUUGUGAUGGAAACUCCGUUUUCAAGUCAUUUAAAUUCACAGUGAAGUUCAUAAAGUACGCAGAACUUUCACCGUUCUAUCGCCGUAAAACACGAGAUAUGCAAAACACGUGGCAAAAUGUUGAUGAAAUCUGCAUAAAAACGAUGAAGAAACGGAAUAAUGAGAGCAAGACAGCGAAAGGGCGACAAAACGAGAACACAGCUGCAACUGACAAAAACAGCGAUAGAAAGGACGCUAAAGAAGGAACAGUUCUGCACGACGAGAUAAACAAUCAAGGAUUUAGUGAUUGGUUACGAUCUAGCGAUGGCAUUGAAAUGAUGCGGCUCUUCGUCAUCGCCAAUUCGAUUUUGGUGUUUGUGACAAUGGGAUGGCCUAAAAUGCAAGAGGCCUUUACUCUUCUCAAAGAAUAUCUAUACGACGAAAAUUGAACUAUCCAAUACAAAAAAGAAGCUUCUAGAAAUUUCGACGUGACAAGUACCUUCCCCAUGGAUUUUAACAUAAUGAGAAGAAACCGAGAAAGCGACUUACGUGUCAAUGUUAUUUAACCAUCUUCAAUACCUCACAAAACUUAUUGUAAAUACCACUCAUCAUUUUCAAAAACUUGUUACAAACGAAACUACAAAAAUUUAAUCAGUGUCCGAAGUAAUCAUGAUUUCUCUACAAACAACUAUUCAUCUUCGCAAUCUCUUCAUUCGUAAGUCUAUCAGACAUUCUUUUACAAAAAUCUGAUCAACCCUGUCAUCGAUCAUAAUUAUACAUUCUCCCUGUUCAAACGAUCUCUGCUUCAACUUUUAGUCUGACAACCAUUAAAAUUUGUGUUAAAAACUCCCAGUUUCAACAUCAACAUAUCACUAAUAAACCAGCUCUAACAAAUUCAAUAAUUAAAAAA